AUGCUCAUUACCCUGCUACUUGUGCUGCUGUUACUCCCAUCGAAUAAACAUCGUUCGGCAUUGGCGACAACGGAAAUGCCAUUCAACUCCAAGUUUGUGCAACCCAUGCACGAGAUUAUGACGGCCUUUAAUCUCGACCCGGAGCAGAACUGGAGUGAAGGCGCGCCGUGCUCCGACGACGGAACGGGCAGUGGCUUUAAGGGCGUGAUCUGCGACUCCAACGGCAACCCUCGUGCCAUGAUACCCACCCUAGGGAACUCCCUCGUGGGCCUCAGAUCCCUCCCAACCGCCUUCGCCCGCCUCACCACGCUCACCAGAUUAGUGCUCAUCAUGGGACUUAUUAACACCAGACUAGACGACUUCGCCAGACCCCUCUCCUGCUUGCCUAACCUAAGACACUUAGUGCUGGAUGGGAACUCCUUUUACGGACCCGUCCCACCUUACCUCAUUAACUCACCCACUCUAACUGACUUGUCGUUACAGGGUAACAAGCUAACGGGCACAAUAAGGAAAAUCGGACCCAAGCUCACAGCGCUCUUCCUCUCAGUCAACUUCCUAACCGGCGCGCUCCCCCACACCCCCCACCUGCGCGUCUGCAACGCCGCCAUGAACUGCCUCUCCCGCACCGCCGGCUGUAACGGGGUAACCGGGUUUCCGCGCCGCCAGCGCACCAUCGGUAUGGAGAUUGGCCGCCCUGGGAGGUUGAUGCGUUAUCAAACCCGCCUGAUAAAGGCUGGAAGUGUAACUCUUGCCCCACGGGGACUUACGCAACGAGAAGGCGAUGUGUUCCCUGCUCCAAACCCUUCGUAA